AUGCUCGAGGAUGCAAAGUCAGACGCGGCCGAGGAUGAGGUGGACUACGACGACUACACAGGCAGCGAACCCGACGAGGAUCCAGCUGAUAACUCGCCACAUGAAGUCGUCCGCGCCUCGGUGCCACCAACGGAUAAUAUCACCCUGUCCAUCAACACUCCGAGGAUGUGGACGCUGUCGUUUUUGUUUUCAGUGCUUGGUUCUUCUACCAACUUGUUCUUCUCGCUACGAUACCCCAGUGUUGCUAUUACGCCCGUCAUUGCCUUGUUGCUCGUCCACCCACUUGGUCUCAUGUGGGACUACCUUCUCAAAUAUCACAGCGAUCCUGCGGAGGAGUUUCUGGAUGGUGUCCUCCAGACUGAUGCCGAGAACCGGCCGCCGGCGAAGCGGUCCGUGACCCGAUUUCGUAGAUGGCUCGCGCAAGGGCGGUGGAACGAAAAGGAGCAUACUUGCGUCUACGUGAGCAGUAACGUCUCGUUCGGGUUCGCUUUUGCUACCGACGUCAUUGUCGAGCAGUCCAGGUUUUAUCACCAGGAAGCCACAAUAACCUACCAAAUCCUCCUGAUUCUGUCGACUCAAAUCCUCGGCUACGCCUUUGCCGGCCUGACGCGUCGAUUCCUGGUUCGGCCCAGCGGCAUGAUUUGGCCCGGAACGCUGAUGUCUGCGGCCAUGUUUGGGACGCUCCACAAGGAGGAGAACAGGAUUGCGGACGGCUGGAGGAUCUCGAGGUGGAAGUUUUUCUACCUCGUUUGGUUCGGAGGGUUCGUCUUUUACUUCCUUCCGGGCCUCUUGAUGCCUUGCCUCAGCUACUUCAACGUCAUUACGUGGUUUGCACCGAAAAAUGUGGUGGUUGCCAACCUCUUUGGAACCGUUUCGGGUCUGGGGUUGUUCCCCUUGACCUUUGACUGGGCUCAGGUCACAUACAUCGGAUCCCCCCUUUUGGUUCCGUUCUGGGCUGCAAUGAACGUCAUUGGCGGUCUCGUCAUCGUCAUGUGGCUCAUUGCGCCUAUCGCCUACUACGCCAAUGUCUUCUAUUCAUCGUAUAUGCCAAUUUUGUCUUCUGCGGUAUUCGACAACAAAGGCAAGGUCUACGAUGUGAGCAAGAUCCUGACUCCCGAGUUUCUUUUCGACAGAGAUGCGUACAGCAAGUACAGCCGAGUGUUCCUUCCCAUCACCUAUGUGCUCAGCUAUGGUGUUCAGUUCGCUGCCUUGGCGGCGCUCCUGACGCAUACGAUUUGCUGGCAUGGCAAGGACAUGUGGAAUACGUGGAAAACGGCCAUGGCGGAAGCUCGCAAUGAAGGACAGGCGGUUUACCAGCCUAUUUCGGGCAGCUCUGAGCACAUCAGACCUCAGCGAUCGUUCAGCAGCAACGGAGGCCUCUCAAGAUCUUCUUCCAACCUCGAGGGCAUGAUGUUCCGAGAAGAUGUUCACUGCCGGCUGAUGAAGCGGUACAAGGAUGCUCCCCUUUCCUGGUAUCUAGCAACGUUUGUCUCGAUGCUGGCGGUGGGCAUUUUUGUCGUCGAAUAUUACCCCAUCCACCUCCCGUGGUACGGUUUGCUCAUGUCACUGGGUAUCUGCGCUAUAUUCUUCAUCCCUAAUGGCAUCAUCAUGGCAGUGACCAAUCAGCACAGCAGCAUCUACUUGAUCUGCCAACUCAUCUGCGGCGCCGUGUUCCCUGGUCGCCCAAUCGCAAACAUGGUGUUUGUCACCUAUGGCUACAUUUCGUCAGCUCAAGGCAUCAAGUUUGCCUCUGAUCUCAAGCUUGGCCACUACAUGAAGAUUCCGCCCCGUAUCAUGUUUUCGGUGCAAAUGGUGGCAACAAUUGUGUCGUCCCUAACCCAAAUCGGCGUUCUCAACUGGAUGUUUGCCAAUGUCAAGGGCAUAUGUACGCCAGAGGCUGUCAAUGGUUUCACGUGCCCGAUCGCGCGGGUUCACUUCAACGGCUCCAUUCUUUGGGGUGUGGUUGGACCUGGCGAGUUUUUCGGACCGAACGCAACGUACCGCGGCCUUGUGUGGUGCUUCCUGGUUGGAGCCAUCGCGCCGAUUCCCCUGUGGCUCUAUGCACGCAAGAACAGGCACAGCAUUCUCCGAAAGAUUAACCUUCCGGUCGUCUUCGGGUCCAUGGCGUGGAUUCCACCGGCGACGGGACUCAACUUCUCGGUGUGGGCGGUGGUGUGCUAUGUGUUCAACUACCUGGUCAAAAGGAGAAAGAGCGCAUGGUGGGCAAAGUACACUAUGACAAUGAGCGCAGCGUUAGACUCGAGUCUGGCGUUCGGCAUCGUCGUGGUGUUCUUUGGCUUCGUCUACCCCGGGCACAUGAAGGGCUUCAAAUGGUGGGGUACGGAAGUGUACAAGCAAGGCUGCGACUGGCAAGCGUGCUCGUAUAACACGGUGCCUGAGGGAGGGCACUUUGGCCCCGACAAGUGGUGA